GCCGGGCUACGCGCAGGGAGCGCAGCCGGGGGACGGGCUUGGUGGCGCGUGUCCUUAGCGCGGCUAAUCCCGGCGGGGGCUGCCUUCGGGGCGUGUGCAGAGCGUGCAGGUCUGGGGCGGCAGGCGGAGCCGGGCCAGUGCAUGGGGGCCAGCCUGGCCGGCCUUAGCCGAUGUUUUCUUGCUUCUGUUUCAGCCUGCAGGAGAAGUCCUUCAGCAGCCCAGCGAUAGCCGACUGUGACGAAGACCCGGUACCCGUUGAUGAAGACCAGCCUGAUCGGGCCAGUCUCAGAGAUGAAAAUAAUAAAGAGAAUUACCCCGACAACAUUGCCCUCCUAGAAGAGAGCCAGCAGCAUGUAGAGCAGGCCUUGUUCCAUGGGGCAUUGCGAUGCACGAUGGGCAACUUCAAGUCCAGGAAACCCAAAUCCAUCAUCAAAGGGGAGGCCGUGAAGGGCCAUGGAGAGAACCAGGAACCAGAGAACGUCUCCCCUAGCCCAUCGGAAUGGCAGGGGAGAGCAGGAGGCCCAGCUAAUGAGAGUCCUCAGAGUGUCACCUUCCACUGUCAGGAUGGGGUGCGACAUCAGCCAAGAUCGGAUCAGAGGGCGGCUGGCUGGCCAAAGGAAGCAUUGGAGCCUCUGCGGGACUUAAAUGAGGAGGAAGCUGCCCCAUUGCAGGGCGUCAAGGACCCGGCUCUGUCCGCCGUCCGGAGCACGCCGGCCGAUGAAGCCCACGCUGGAGACCCGGUGCCCGCCUCCCGAGACUGGCCCACGGAGGCGGGCGGCAGCUGCGAGGAGCCGCCCGCGCUGGGCACCAGCCGCCUGCUGCACCACAUCACGGCCGGAGACCGCCCCCUGCUGUCCCCGCGGUGCUCCCUCAUCAGCCAGAGCCAGCGCUUCAACCUGGACCCGGAGUCGGCCCCCUCCCCGCCCAGCGCCCAGCCGUUCAUGAUGCCGCGGAGCUCCUCCAGGUGCGAGGACGGGAAGGGGCACCAGACGGUGACCCAGCUCACCAAGCACAUCCAGAGCCUCAAGCGGAAAAUCCGGAAGUUUGAGGAGAAGUUUGAGCAAGAAAAGAAGUACCGGCCUUCUCACGGAGACAAGACUUCUAAUCCUGAAGUCCUGAAGUGGAUGAAUGACCUGGCCAGAGGCCGGAAGCAGCUCAAAGAACUGAAGCUCAAGCUCUCGGAACAACAGGGGAGUGUGCCCAAAACCGUGCCUCCCCGGACCCUGCAUCAGGAACCAGCUGCUGCCCCCAAAGAGCCGGAGAAGCCAGAAGCUGCAGGCACUGAGCCAAAUUCCUCUGGAGAAGAAAUGCCAGAUGCCCUGGUCAAGCAGCCCAAGGAGCAGAGAGAGCCACUGGCUGCCCAGGAAGAUGCCAAGGUAACGAAACCAGACAAGAGCCUGAUCAAACCCCUUUAUGACCGCUACAGAAUCAUCAAGCAGCUUUUGUCCACACCUUCCCUGAUCCCCACCAUUCAGGAAGAAGAAGACUCUGAUGACGAGUGCCCCCGGGGCAGCCACCAGCCUUCCUUGUCAGAUCCAGCCUCCUGCUUGCCCACCGACGACCCCCUUCCCUUCCCCAAUGAGGCCAUGCCUGCUGCGGCCUUGCCUCUGGAUGCAAAGAAGGAAGUCCGCCCUCCGGCCCUCUCCAUGUCCAACCUGCACGAGGCCACCAUGCCGGUUUUACUGGACCAUCUUCGAGAAACCAGGGCCGACAAGAAGAGGCUUCGGAAGGCCUUAAGGGAAUUUGAAGAGCAGUUUUUUAAGCAGACUGGACGGAGCCCACAGAAGGAAGAUCGGAUUCCCAUGGCGGAUGAAUACUACGAGUAUAAGCACAUAAAAGCCAAAUUAAGAUUACUAGAGGUUCUCAUCAGUAAGCAAGACGUGUCCAAAACUAUCUGAGCUGGAAGAGAAGUCCUGAUCGAAUCCUUCCAAUCGAGGCACCUUUUCUUGUCCUCUGCUUCCCGCUGGGUCAUUGGAACACGUUGAGAAGCACUUUAAGCUGUGGAGGAGAAAGGAUGGUAAAUGUGACACUGUAAGGAUGGGAGAAACUGAGAAGCCGCUUGUGGGAGAAGAAUCCCCAAGUACGAUUAGACCAUUCCCAGCCCAGCACACUUUUUUCUUUCUUUUUCUUUUCUUUUUUUUUUUUUUAAGGUUGAUGUUGACUUCGGUUGAUCUUACAGGGAUGCAACAAUAUAUUCCAUUGUUGAGGGAGUUCACUCAGGAAAUGAAUCCAAUUCAGUUUCUGAAGACAAAGUUAAAACUUCUUUGAGGGAAAACAAAGCAAUAGAGGAGAAAUUCUGCUUUUUCAAAUAGAAAGGAGUAACAUUGGUAGUAAAAUAGUUAAUUACGCUUCUACUAGAAAGUUUUUUUAGAUGAGCAAAAAUCCACAGACGUUCAAUCGUCCUUUAAUGUCCCCAUUACCCUCCCUAAGAUAACGGAUCUUAGAAUAGGUGAUUGAUGAUUUUUAAUUUCUCUCUUCGAAUUAGCACCUUAUUUUUGCCUAUGAUUUGAAAUUUUGUGUUUCCAAUUACCAAAGCUCAUUCUGACGGCAUGCACUUUGUGAAUUAUCAAGUAUUCUUUGUCUAUACUUGCCAGAUGUUUAUAUUAAAAUAAAAAUAUUGCGUUCAAAUUUGAAAAUAGGUAUUUUGGAUAGCUGAGUGUAUGUAGCAUAUAAUUGAAUCGCUGGUUAUGAUCGCUAAGCUUUUUGCUUCCUGAAACUCGGAUUAUAUGACUAUUUUUCCAUUGGAAAUAGGCAUUUUUUCUUUACGUUCUAAAUGUAAACGCUCUAACUUGGUGAGAUCUAAGCAUUUCCUCCCAAGCUGUGAUUUCUUGUUUCUGGGCAAAAAUUAAGAGCUUUGUGAUCGUCUGCCCCAUUGUCUAACAUAAUACAGGAAAUGCUUCAGGGCAGUGGAGCUUUUGGGAAGAGGACCAGAGAGGAGGAGCCUGUCAGUCACAUCACUUCGAGUGUAUGUUGUCCGAUUGCCACUCUGUAUGGAAACAACACAGCCCGGUUCAUUUUUGUUUUGCUCAGGAGUAUGUAAAAUGGCGACCCUCCCUUUGGUCCCAAUCAUAUUUGCAUUUCUAGUGUAUGUAACGUCCGAGCAUGUUUCUGAAGAAAUUCACGUUUUCGUAGUCUGGAUGAGAAAGACAUCGACCACUUCACGAGUGGACGCUUUCGUUUCCCUGGCUUGUUGUUUUCUGUGUAUCGACUUGGUGUUUUAUAACUUUUAUGAAUCAGAAUAAUCUCCUUCGUAAACUUGUUUAAUUGAAAUCCGUCUCUAAUAAUAACAGGAACAGAUACACAGCUACUUACUUGAGAUUUACAAGCUAUGUCUUUGAUAAGGGGAAGUGGUUUCAUGACAUGUGAACAAUUGCUAUUAAAAUGUAAUCUAUAUAUUCUAUAUGAUUGUAAAUAUUUUAUAUAACAGUACAAAUAAAAUAUUUUUCUAUUAUAUUUA